UUUCCCUAUUGUCUUUCUUUUUAAUCUUCUUUCACAUAUUAAUUUUUAAAAAAGAAACACAAUGGCAUUUUAUAACCAAGUUUUUCUUGUCAUUGCCAUUUUUUUAUUCCUUACAACCCUCCCAUCUAAGGCAUACAAUAUCCCUAAAUCCAAUGCACCUUCCCCUUCUCCAUCCAAAUCGUCCCCGUCCCAGUCCUCAUCCUCGUCCUAUAAAAAAACCAUUGAAAUUCCGAAAAAGACUCCUAUCGACUCAAAUGGAAAUGUAUCCAUAUUUAUCAACUCCGCGAUGGAUGCAACAAUGGCCAAGACGCAGGAAUUCAUCACCACCAAAAUUGAACAACGUUUAAAGGACUCGAAAAAGGGCACGUACGCCACGGAUUGUCUUAAGACAUGCAAAGAGGUGUAUGAACUUGCAGUGGAUGCAAUGAAGAAGACUGAAGAAGAUGUCAAAGCAAAAUACUAUAACACAGCCCAUGUUGAUCUUAGUGCAAUGAUGACAUUUAUUGAUACUUGUAAUGAUUGUGCAAUUUCUAUAUAUGGAGAUAACUCUGAAUUUAAGGAAUUUUAUAAUUGGAUAAGAGGGGUUAGUGGUGAUUGCAUUACGAAGAUCCUUCCCCUAACCAAAUAAAUUCAACUGUGUCAAAAAGAUGGUAAACAACAAAUUAUGGUAAUUGACACAAAUAUUUCAAGAACUUGGUGAUGAAAUCUUGUAACAUACACCAUUUGGAAUAAAGCAACACUAUAUAAUAGUGUUUGGAUC